CGAGCGGGCAGCAGAGUUUGCGGCGCUGCGGGCAGCGGGCGCGAUGUAUCUCCGCAGGGCGGUCUCCAAGACGCUGGCGCUGCCCCUGAGGGCGCCCCCCGGCCCCGCGCCGCUCCGGAAGGACGCAUCUCUUCGCUGGAUGUCAUCUAAUAAAUGGUUUGGAUCAUCUGGAUCAAAUAUGAUCUAUUAUCUGGUUGUAGGUGUCACGGUCAGUGCUGGUGGAUAUUAUACUUACAGGACGAUUACAUCAGAGCAAGCCAAACACACAGAACGUGUAACAAAUUUGAAAGAAAAAAACAAAGAGUUACAUCCACUUCAAGGUGAAAAAGAGAACGUGGCGGGAGCGGAGAAAGCAAGUUCAGACGUGUGUGAAGUGUCUGCCCCGGAAGUCCUGGAGGUAGAUGCGGAAGAUACUCCAGAUGUUACAGCUGCAGAGGUAGAAGAGGCUUCAGCCUGUCCCGGGGCUGUGGAGGACACUGCCGGGGAGCCCGACGCGGUCAGUGCUAAAGUGGGGGCAGAGGCGACAGAGGCCGCGCUGGGCACCACCGCAGAAGCCAGCGCCGAAGCGCCCCCAGAGGUUCAGAGUGCAGCUCUGGAUGGAGCUGUUGCCGGAAAUGAUGAUAAAGGGACAGCAGACAAGGAAAGCGCUGGUGGAAAUGCUGAACGAGAAGAAAAGAGUCCUCCCGUUGAAUCAGAAUCCUCUGCUGGGGAUGGUUUACAGGAGCAAGCCAGCGUUGGUUCCGACGACCACGCCCCGGCUCAAGGCUAAUCUCUUGCUGACCGACCCUUUAGCCAAAAAAAUGCCAUCGUGUCUGAUAGGUGCUUUUGUAGUUUCAGUCAUCAUAGUUUUAGGACAGGCUUCUUUGC